UUUUAUAUCCAAGUAAUCUUUGGACGUUCUCUUGCAUCUGACGCGCUAUCCGCAAGGAUAUAGGUGGAAUUUUAAAUGAACACUUUUUGUGAUAUUUUUAGUUGAAUAUUUAAAAUUGGUUACGAUAUGAAGUUGAGUGUCAAAAAAAUUCGGUUCGAUAUUCGGCCGUGGACGAUGGAGACUAGAGCGGACGAUGAUGAGGCGCCAACAGACCCAGCGGCGAGGAAGCUCACACAUCAUGAUUAUACCGAACAGGACUUUGAAGGCCACCGCGCCCACACAGUAUUCGUGGGAGUGCACGUGCCAGCGCGAAGACAUUCCCAUAGGAAGCACAAACACCAUCAUCGUAAUGGAGAGAAGGAUGUGGAAAGACCUGGACCGGGGUUAAUGUCGCGAGUCAGAAGGCUAAGCGUAACAGAUGACGGCGAAACAUUGACCCCACCAGCUCAGAGAGUACAGUUUAUACUUGGCGAAGAUGUCGAUGAUUCUACUCUUGAGUCACACCCACUGUUCUCCGAAAUGGAGGAACUGGUUAAAGAUGGAGAUGAACUUGAAUGGAAAGAGACAGCCAGAUGGAUUAAAUUCGAAGAAGACGUUGAAGAAGGUGGAAAUAGAUGGUCAAAACCUCACGUAGCGACUUUAUCACUGCACUCUCUUUUUGAAUUACGGAGUCUCAUACUCAAUGGGUCGGUAAUCUUGGAUAUGGAAGCUGGUUCUUUGGAACAGGUGGCUGAUAAUGUACUAGAUAAUAUGGUAGCCGAUGGUGGCAUAGGAUAUGAUUGUAGAGAGAAGGUCAAAGACGCUUUAUUGAGGAGGCACAGGCAUCAGCAUGAGCGACGGAACCAUCACAAUAAUAUGUCAAGGCUACCUUUGAUCCGUUCUCUGGCCGAUAUCGGACGAAACCAUUCAUCCUGUAAAAAUUUCCAGGAAGGUGGCUCUCGACGCUCCAGUUCGAGGAGUUGUCGGGGGUCCACCUCGUCUCCUCACACCGCUCUCCUUCAAGCGUCUGAUGCCAGAGGUUCUUAUCUGGCUGUACCAGGUGCUACUCACGAUGACGGAAUGGUGAAAAGUCCCAGCAGUAUAUCAAUGCAAAGGAAUCAUAGCUCUGGUGAUCUUCCCAUGAACGGAGACAUAAAUCACAAAUGCAACACAAACUUUAUGCGGAAAAUACCACCGGGAGCAGAAGCAUCCAAUAUCCUCGUGGGAGAAGUAGACUUUCUCGAAAAAACUCUGUCAGCAUUUGUCAGACUGAAAACAGGAACAAUAAUGGGCGAUUUGACCGAAGUCCCAGUGCCAACCAGAUUUAUGUUCGUUUUACUCGGACCACCUAACAGCAAUUCUAGUUUCCAUGAAAUAGGCCGAGCUAUGGCUACCCUGAUGUCUGAUGAAAUUUUUCAUGAAGUGGCAUAUAGGGCUAAGAAAAGAGAUCAUCUUCUAGCUGGCAUAGAUGAAUUUCUCGAUGCAGUGACAGUUCUGCCACCUGGAGAAUGGGAUCCAGCUAUUCGUAUUGAACCUCCAGCAGCCAUACCUUCCCAAGAUCCUCGAAAACGGCCAAACGAUAAUAAUCCGAAAGAGGAAUUGGACGAAGAGGAGGAAGAACAAAGGCAGAGGGAGGAAUCAGGGUUAGCUAGAAGUGGUAGACUUUUUGGAGGGUUAAUAAAUGAUCUCAAAAGGAAGAUGCCCUGGUACUGGUCUGAUUUUAAAGAUGCAUUGGCGAUACAGUGUGUCGCCUCAUGGAUAUUUUUAUAUUUCGCAUGUUUGUCGCCUAUAAUUACAUUUGGAGGACUGUUAGGCGAAGCCACUGGAAAAAAUAUGGCUGCUAUGGAAUCAUUAAUAUCCGGAUUCGUCUGUGGGAUGGGUUACGGAUUUUUUUCAGGACAACCUUUAACAAUUUUAGGAUCGACAGGCCCAGUUUUAGUAUUCGAGACAAUUGUAUUUGAAUUCUGUCGUCAGAUCGGCUGGAAUUACAUGUCAUUCAGGUUUUGUAUCGGGACGUGGAUAACAAUAAUUUUGGUAAUUCUGGUAGCGAUCGAUGCGAGCGCGUUCGUCUGUUACAUAACCAGAUUUACCGAAGAAAAUUUCGCUACCCUAAUAGCUUUUAUUUUCAUUUACAAGGCGGUGGAAAAUGUAAUAUCUAUAGGGAAAAAGUACCCUCUUAAGACACGCCCCGAUGAAGCUCUCAAUUAUGAGUGCUAUUGUUUGCCAAGCAAUUACUCUAAAGUGCCGGAGCAGUUUAAUUGGACUUCGGUUGACAAAGAGUCUUGUCAGCUCUACAAUGGAACCUUAGCUGGCGGUGGAUGUGAUACGAAAGUAUAUGUUCCGGACGUAUACUUAAUGUCCAUUAUUCUUUUCCUGGGCACGUUUACAAUUUCGAUCAUCUUGAAAGAUUUUAAGAACUCCUUGUUUUUCCCAUCGAAGGUUCGCCAAAUCAUCAGCGACUUCUCAGUGAUCAUAGCCAUACUAUCAAUGUCAUUCUUGGACUACAAAGUCGGUGUAAAGACCCCAAAAUUGGAAGUACCUUCAGAGUUCAAACCAACAUUACCUAGCAGGAACUGGGUGAUAACUCCAUUCAGUGGUAAUCCUUUUUGGUCAGCAUUAGUAGCCAUAUUACCAGCACUUUUGGGGACCAUACUGAUAUUUAUGGAUCAACAGAUUACAGCUGUUAUAGUAAACCGUAAAGAGAAUAAGUUGAAGAAAGGCUGUGGUUACCAUCUUGAUUUAUUUGUACUGGCGAUCCUUAUACAGAUAUGCUCUGUAAUGGGACUUCCCUGGUUCGUAGCAGCAACAGUGUUGAGCAUAAAUCACGUGAAUUCUCUGAAAGUGGAGUCCGAAUGUGCAGCUCCGGGAGAAAAGCCGCAAUUUUUAGGAGUGCGAGAACAAAGAGUGACACAUAUUUUAAUCUUCUUAAUGAUUGGUUGUUCGGUAAUACUGACGCCUGUUCUAAGCCAUAUACCAAUGCCUGUCCUCUUUGGAGUAUUUCUUUAUAUGGGAGUGGCUUCGCUGAAGGGUCUACAGUUCUUCGACAGAAUCUUGAUCAUGUUCAUGCCUCAGAAAUAUCAACCUGAUCAUAUGUUCUUGAGACAGGUGCCCAUCCGUCGAGUCCACAUUUUCACCCUAAUUCAGCUAGCAUGUCUUGUCUGUCUUUGGGUGAUAAAAUCCUUCUCAAUGACGUCAAUCCUUUUCCCAUUGAUGCUCGUAGUAAUGAUCGGUAUAAGAAAAGCUCUCGACUUAUUCUUCACGAGAAGGGAGAUGAAAAUACUCGAUGACGUGAUGCCAGAAAUGACAAAAAGGAACCAAGAUGAACUUCGGGAACUUGGCGACGCUGAGGAUGCCACGAAGAGCAACCCACCGUCAUAUCAAGAGAACUUGCAAAUUCCUCUGAUAAAUGGCAACAUAAUGAAUAUUCCGUUGACGUCAAUAAAUAUUUCGGAGGAAGUAAACAAGACGGGGAUUUGGAAGCAAGUCAAUAACAGCAACAAGAUGAAACGAGAUAUUAAAUCAAAGACGGGAAAGAAAAAUAACAAACACAAGAAAUUAAUAAUGUCCAAAAACGCACAAACUGAAAUAGAAAGGCGACUGUCAACAAUGGACGAGGUGGAAGAAGAUGAUUCUUCAGUCAAGGUGUGCAUCGACACCAAAUUCUAAGUGGAGCAUGAUUGCACCAUUUCUCGAAGAUUCUGCAUGCAACAACCUAUCACGACGUGCAUGCAGUACCUAUAUCUGUAUAGAAUGAUAGCACCCCUGAUUUUUUUUAUUGUUUAAACCUGAUAUUAUGUAGGUACCCUGGUCUACUUUUUAUGCCGGAUUUCUAUAACCUACCGGUUGGUGUACCUACUAGAGAUCGUCAUUUGUUAUACCUUCUAUCUCUGGUAUGCAAAUCAACUGACAGAGAGGUCAGAGCGCUUUCAGACUAGCGUAUUUUUGAAAACUACAGGUACAAACGAUAACAUCUGAUUCACGAUUAGAUGCGUGUAAAAAACAGACCUACACGUGAAACAAAAACCGUUAGUGUGAAAAUGCUCUGUUGUCGGAAUCCGUCACUAGAUGAUAUAUUUAGUCGUACGUAGCAAUGGAUGUGCAAUGUAUGGAAUAUUGUAAAUAGUAUGGUGGGAUUUACUUCCAAUUAAAAAGGGGCAAAUCGUAAUUUAUGUUAACCAGUCAACAAAUAUUAACUUUAAUUUAAACGAAGAUAUAUUUUGAAAGUACAAAGUCGUUGUGUAUUUAAAGUCUUACUUGUAGUUGGACCUGUAGACGUUUUAAAAAUGUUUUAUUGUGAACUAGAAUUAGAAAAUAUAGUUUUUAGUGAAUAUUAUAAAGAGCGGUGUAACUUAUGACGUAAGUAGUUUUUUAAAUAAUAUCGUAGUUUUUUCUUGAUGUAUAUUUUCAGCUUUAUGUGUUUAUUAUUAUUACUCCCGCACUUGUCUGCACUUUCUUCGAGUACCUACCUAUAUUAUCUGUGUAAAUAAUAUUGUUAUUUCUAUUAAUAUUAUGUUUAUUCCAGUUUGCAUGCUCUAAGUAUCUAAGUGUGCCAAAAAAUCUUUGUCUUAAAACAAAGCCGCUUCUGUCUACUAAUAAUCCUGCUUAUAUUCUUCUGACAUUAUGUACCUACCUACUUAUGUAUUUUUAAUCUAUGCCGUAAGUACUCUUGAGACUUUCAAGUUCGAAUGGGUACCAAAAAAAUAAGACUUUUUUUCGAGAUUUUCAAUGUUUUAAUUUUUUUUUUGAAAUCUAAUUGUGAAUAUACGUACAAGCAUGUUUUUUUUUUCAAUAUUUGAG